CCGAAAGAAGAGGAGAUGCCAAAGUGACCAAUCUUUUUUCUCUCUCCCUCUCGGCGACGACGGUGACGUCAAAGCGUCGCCAGAGAAAAGAAAAAAAAAAACAAGAAGAACGUUAAUGUUGAUGCCGACUUGAGUCGCCCCUCUGAUCAUGGGUUGCUGUCAAUCGUCUUUCUUGAAACCAUCGUCCUUGCAUGACAAGAGACUUACCUCUAAUGAUAUCUCCGGCCGUCGUGGGAAAGGAACCAAGCGUAGUAAUCGCCACCGUCAUCCUCCUAACAUUAACGAAGGCAGGGGAUGGCAUUUUUCCGACGUGCCCGACUUCUCCGAGUUCUCCGCAACGGAUCUUCGUAACGCCACAAACGAUUUCAACCAAAACGCAGUCGUAUCAGUUGGUUCUGAUCAAGAAGCAAACGUUGUUUACCGAGGCUGCAUUCAAAACGACAAAGACGUACGUCUUAUUGCCGUUAAAAAGUUCUCCAAAUCAACAUGGCCUGAUCCCAAACAAUUCGAAGUAUGUGUUUGAAUGUUUUCUCCGAUCUCGAAUUCCUUAUUCGAAUUGGUUGAACCAAUUCGAAUUCUAUGCAGGCAGAAGCUCGAGCUAUCGGGAAACUGAGGCACGUUAGACUGGUGAAUUUGAUAGGUUAUUGUUGUGACGGAGAUGAAAGGUUGCUUGUAUCGGAGUAUAUGCCCAACGACACCCUCAACAAACAUCUGUUUCAUUGGGAGAAACAAACCAUGGAGUGGGCCAUGCGAUUGAGAGUUGCACUUUACGUAGCUGAAGGUUUAGAAUAUUGUAGACAGAGUGGACACAAAUUGUACCAUGAUUUCAAUACUUGUCGGGUUCUCUUUGAUGAGAACGGAAGUCCUCGGCUUUCAUGUUAUGGGUGGAUGAAAAAUAGCAAAGAUGGCAAAAACUUCAGCACGAAUCUUGCUUAUACACCGCCCGAAUAUCUUAUAAGUGGUACGUUAAUUCCAGAGAGUGUUGUCUUCAGCUUUGGGACGUUUCUUUUGGAUCUUCUUAGUGGGAAACACAUCCCUCCGAGUCAUGUGAGUGACACAGGGGGCAAUGAAACCGAAAGGAGAGAAGGAGCUAGAGAGAUCUCCAUAGGAGGAUUGGUCACACCGAUUUUGGUAGCUUGCGAUGCGCCCCUGAAGGGAGUGGUACAUGAGCCAAGAUAG